AUGUCUCCCAAGACUCCUGAGGAGAGAGAAAAGAUGGCACAUGUGCCUUAUGCUUCGGCUAUAGGUAGCCUGAUGUACGCUAUGCUGUGUACAAGGCCAGAUAUCGCGUAUGCUGUUAGUGUGACUAACAGGUAUCAAUCCAACAUAGGACCUGAUCAUUGGACUGCUGUCAAGAAUAUCCUUAAGUACUUGAGAAGAACUAAGGAUAUGGUUAUGGUAUAUGGAGAAGGUGAGUUGAGACUAGACAGGUUUACAGAUUCUGAUUUUCAGUCAGAUGUGGAUGAUAGAAAGUUUAUCUCUAGUUAUAUAUUCACCUGUAAUGGAGAUGCAGUUAGCUGGAAGAGUUCUAAGCAAGAGACGAUUGCAGAUUCCACUACAGAGACUGAGUAUAUUGCUAUAUCUGAUGCAGUAAAGGAGGCAGUUUGGAUUCGGAAGUUUGUGACUAAACUCGAUGUUGUUCCCUACAUAUCGUCACCAGUAGAGCUGUACUGUGAUAAUACUCGAGCAAUUGCUCAAGCAAAGGAACCGAGAUCACAUCGGAAGUCCAAACACAUUGAGAGGAGAUAUCAUAUUAUUAGGGAGAUUAUCGGGAGAGGCGAUGUAGCCGUGCAGAAAGUAGCUUCAGCGGAUAAUGUCGCUGAUCCACUCACGAAGGCCAUGACGCAGCAACAGCUAGAGAAAGAUCUUGAGAAAAUGGGUCUUAGAUACUGUACUGAGUGGCUCUAG